AAUGCUAUUAAUGUGCUUUUGAAUUAAAAACAUGCUAGCUUGGUGUAUUGAACAUGAGUCAUCCACUGUGUUGAAUAACACAGAGAGAGCGGAGAUGAAUUCUGGAGUUAUAUAGCCAGCAUCCCACACGUAUUACUGUGGAUGUGGGUUGCGAGAGUGCGCCCACUCGUCACGCUCAUGACGUCUUUCCUCCGCUCUCUUUCACAGUCAGCCAGACCCGAGGCUUUCCCUCACCCCCACAGGUCUCAGGCCGAGAACACAAAAAUAGGACCCAACUGCACCUACUCACAGAAGUGUGGGACGGGGGUUGGUACUUUGCCCCAGCUAGAGGCUCCGGUCAAGCAAAUUUUGGUGACCAAUGGCAAACUUCUGCAUUCGAAUGGAACCUUACCCAGUAUCGUCAAACAGUUGGUGCAAAGCACUCAAGGGAAUCAGGAGGAGAGGCCGAGGCCGCAGUUUCCCAAUCGCUUUGGUUCAUCUGUGGAAAACCUCUCAGAAUCCUUAACUAGGAGCAUCAUCAAUAAGUUUGAGAAGAUCAGGACAUAUGAGGGACAGAGGCUGCCUAUGUCUCCAACAACGGCACUGAAGCGCUUCCAGAACCAGCUAACAGAAUUUGAGAAGGAGGAGAUCAUGGACUACUCUGAGAUCUGGUAUCUGGGUUUGGACACUAAGAAGAUUGAGGGCUCCCAGGGAUCCCCACAGAAUUCAGGCUAUGACGAUGAGCAUGGCAGCUACUUAAAGGUCCUGCAUGACCAUAUAGGCUAUCGCUAUGAAGUCCUUGAGGUGAUUGGGAAAGGAUCAUUUGGCCAAGUCUUGAAAUGUUUGGAUCACAAGACAAAUGAGAUGGUGGCCAUCAAGAUCAUUCGGAAUAAGAAGAGGUUCCAUCAUCAGGCUCUUGUAGAGCUGAAGAUCCUAGAUGCCGUGCGGAGAAGAGACAGAGAUAAUUGCCACAAUGUCAUUCACAUGAAGGAGUACUUCUACUUCCGCAACCACCUGUGCAUCUCCUUCGAGCUGCUAGGAGUGAACCUCUAUGAGCUUAUUAAGAAGAACAACUUCCAGGGCUUCAGUCUGGGGUUGAUUCGGCGUUUUGCUCACGCACUGCUCAAGUGCCUCCAGAUGCUGCACAAAGAGAAGAUCAUCCACUGUGACCUUAAACCGGAGAAUAUUCUCCUGUCCCAGAGGGGACAAGGAAACAUUAAGGUUGUCGACUUUGGAUCAAGCUGCUAUGAGCAACAGAGAGUGUACACUUACAUUCAGAGCCGCUUCUACCGCUCACCAGAGGUGAUUCUGGGCCAUCCGUACAGCAUGGCAAUAGACAUGUGGAGUCUGGGCUGCAUUUUAGCAGAGCUGUACACUGGCUAUCCCCUCUUCCCAGGAGAGAGUGAAGUGGAGCAGAUUGCCUGUAUCAUGGAGAUUAUGGGACUUCCUCCAAAUGACUUUGUUCAAACGGCAUCAAGACGGAGGUUAUUUUUUGAUUCCAAAGGUAACCCAAGGAAUAUCACCAACAGCAAAGGGAAGAAACGUCGACCCAACUCAAAAGAUCUUGCCAGUGUGUUGAAGACCAAUGAUCCUCAAUUUCUUGACUUCAUUCGACAUUGCCUUGUGUGGGAUCCAACAAAACGCAUGACACCUGAUGAAGGGUUGCAGCAUGAAUGGAUCACAGAGGGACGUCUCAACAAGCUCCAUCCUAAACCUCGGCCUAUCCGGAAAGACAUUGACAACAAUUAUGAAUUCACUUACCGCAAAGCGACUUUAAACAGGACAGGCAAGGCUGAUAAAUCUGGUUCUGACGACAAACUUAAGAGGGUCAGUGACACUUCAAGCAAAGGAGGCAAGAUGGCAUCAGAAGAGCGUCUGCGUCCUAUAGGAGCAUCAGCCGAUGAAGAAAAGAGUGAAGAUACAGGCAAAAGUGUGAGCAAAGACAGCACGUCAGACUCAAGUGGAGAGCGGUCCGUUCAGAUCAUCAUCAAACCUCAGACAGGCUCAAGCACUGAUUCUUCAGAAGGACAGGAGCCUCAGUUUCUCCCUCCUCUUGUAUAACACCCUAAAGAAAAGAACGAGUAAUGUUUUUAUAGCGUAUGGUUUAUACUUCAGCCGCUUGGUCUGGACUUACCUAUUGUGCGGCUUAGACAGUUUGACUUGUUGUAUGGCAAAAAGUACAAAACGUCAAACACAUUAUUUAUUUCUAACUCAUGGUCUGUAAAGUUGCGGUCACACUAGAGUUUGAGCAUCCAAAAUUAAUUUGUGACUAAUUUUGGCAAGAGGAUAUGAUGCUUGUAAGGCUUCUGUUUUUCACAAACUAAAAUAAAAUAAAAAAGAACAUAAAAUAAAAUAAAUAAAUAGAGCCUCUAUAUAUCGUCUAGUGUGACCACAUCUUCACUCUCCAGUCUAGAGGAAUUAGAUUAGUGGUCAAAGAGCGGUAGUCUGUGUUUUGACUAUUCAAAUGAUUUAUUGAUUUCUAAGUAAAGUGAAUCAUUUGGUGCUUGUGAUGUAUAUUGAAAGGAUUAUUACUAUGAGAUUGUUUGUAACACUGGCAUAUUUUGCUGAGCAUCAUGAUUAUUGGGUCUAGUGUGCUUUUUCAUUUUUUGUUUCAAAACAUCAAAGCUUUUAGCAAUGUCAUUAAUAGAGCUCAAGAUAAACUUGAGUUCCAAAGCUGCUUUAUUGUGCAAUAUUACUGCAUGAAUUAACGGUGUUUGUAUGUUUUGUUGCUGUUUGCCAGGGUUUUUUAUCGUUUCUAUGAGUUAGUAAGCUGUCGUGCAGUAAUUACUGAGCCAAAGAGAUUUAUCACAUACAUUUUUGUUCUAAAGAAACACAUCCUCAGACUAAAUCUGACGGAAAGCACACUAGAUCAUCCAAAUGUGCACAAUACUUGUGUGAUUGAAUUGAUGAUGACUGAUAACGAUG